AUGUCUGCCACUCCAGCCCCAAUCAAACUGAAGGGAAUCGUUUAUGAUAAGAAGCCAGUUAAAGUGGCUCUUGUUAAGGACAAGAAGUACAGUUGGUGCCAGUGUGGGGCUAGCAAGAAACAGCCAUUUUGUGACCACUCUCAUAGGGAGUACAACGCCAAAAUUUCGGACCCAGCCAAGCACAUAAAGUCCUACAAAUUCACGGUCGACGAAUCGAAGGAGUACCAUCUUUGCAACUGCAAGCAGACGAGGAAACCGCCAUUUUGUGAUGGCAUUCAUAAGGAAAAGUUUAUCCAAGAUCUCAAAAUUUAA